AUGACGCGCGUUUGUUUACAAGCAGCGGAGCUGGUGAAUGCGGAAGUUACUGCAUGUAAAAAGAUGGCGGAUAGAAGAGGUUUAUUAGUGGUUCUCUUGUUUUGUGCAAGCGCUAGGGCAACAGAGCCCGCAGUAAAUGUAGACUCCGUGUUAGAGGACAGCACGUCUUGUCACGGUGUGUGCGAUGGCACGUACCCGUUACACACCUACCCCGAGGAGGAGGAGCUUUUUGCCUGUCAAAGGGGCUGUCGCCUCUUUUCUAUCUGCCAAUUUGUGGAUGAUGGAGAGGACUUGAACAGAACUAAAGUGGAAUGUGAAUCAGCUUGUUUGGAAGCUUAUCCACAACCCACUGAGCAAUAUGCUUGCAACUUGGGCUGCCACAGUCAGAUGCCUUUUGCAGCAAAGCGUCAGGAAGAGCUUGCAGAUUUAGCUCCUCGGAUUCACAUCCUCUUUCCUCUUGCUUUUGUGGGAGCUUUUUGGAGAGACAUGCUGGAUUCUGCACAAAGUUUUAUUACCGGUAAUCCAUCGUGGACCUUUUAUGUUCAGGCAGAUAAUGGGAGGAUUAUUGUUGUCCAGUCUGAAUCUGAAAUCCAGCUUGAUCCACAGUUUCUUUCAGAAAAAACACAACCUGCAGAAAGCUUUUUAGACAAAAUAUCCUAUCUUAUGCCUGGUCCAUCUACAGGGCAGUAUGGAGAAGAAAGGACUUGGGACCAGCGAUCUGAUUCACUUAAUCUUGAUGAAGGCGACAACUUCUUAAAGUGUUUCUCUGCGAAUUCUAAUUGGCUUAUUUCUGUCACUCUGGUCCUAUCUGUCUUGGUUCUCCUAUGGAUUUGUUGUGCUACAGUCGCCACAGCUGCGGAUCAGUAUAUCCCCUCUGAAAAGCUGAGUAUCUAUGGGGACCUGGAGUUCAUGAAUGAGCAGAAAUUGCACAGAUAUCCCCCUGCAACUCUUGUUGUUGUCCAUGGGAGACCCGAAGAAAGUGAAGAUGCAGGACCUUUACCAACAAAGGUGGACCUAACACAGUCAGCCAUAUGAUUCUGGCAACCAGCUGCUGUAGGCUCUGUCAUACUGUCACAGCCACAUGCUGCGCUGGAAUCCAGUCUUAACUGACUUAGCUGAUGGUCUUGCCAUCUUUCCAAUCCAUAAUCUUUGAGAAAUGGAAAUCUUUAGUCCGGGAUGGUCUUGCAAUCUUUUCAAUCCAUAAUCUUUGAGAAAUGGAAAUCUUUAGUCUGGGAUGUGCUGGAUAUGUGGUUCUUAAGGUGCAGAUUGUUUUGGUGGUAGGAAAGAUGUUGCCUUAUUAAAGGCAUUUAGCUUUUGCUUUAAUUCCUUCCCUAAUUUUAAAUAUUUUACAAUAUUAGUUAGUGGGAAUCCUAUGACAAAGCAAGUUAUAAAUAUAUUUUUUGUUUAAAUCCAGUUUAUCUUUGGGGCUAUAUUGGGAUGGAUUCAAUGUAUAGAUAACUCAUCAUUUCAGGUUGUCACUGCAGUAGCCUUGGCAGAAAGCACAGCGGCUAUCUGUACAAUAAAAACCUGCUAUGUAAAAAUGUAUAAUGUUUCGAUCAGUCAGAAACUUCCACUGAUUUAACUAUGUUAAUUUUUGGUUGUUAAAGGUGAUAGUUAUGGAGAAAUAACUGACACUGCUUUAAAGUAAUGUUUUAGAAAAGCAGUAACAUCCAUCACAGCCACAUAUGUUCUCUAGCACAUAUUCGGGGUGACUGAGUUGAGGGUUUAUUCUUUACAAGGUGACUGAUGUAUAAUGCUGUUUUUUCCAUAAUAAAACGGUACUCUAAAA